AUGUCAGCUACCUGCAUCUCCUCAGGAGAGAAACUUAUCCUUACAUCCCUCUGUCACAUCUUGAUAAUUAUGCCACAAAAUCGUCUGUGGAUAAAAAAAGAACUGAGAUUGUUGGGGACAAUACAAAUAAUGACUAGCUUCAUUGUAGAGAGCCUGGGAUACUUCUGGACAUACCUGUCCUUUUCUCAAGGUUUUGCAUUUGGAAUAGGACAUAAGUAUAUUCCUAUCAUAGGAGCUUCAGGAUACUCGCUUUGGGCCUCUUUGCUGUUUAUCCUGUCAGGAAGUUUUUCAAUAGUUCUACAGAGGAAACCUUCAAAUAAUAUGCUGAUCUGGACCCUGACCAUGAACAUCUUAAGCAUCAUUGCAACACAACUUGGUGUGUUUUUAAUAACAAUGGAGCUGGUAAUGACUUCAGAUUUAGGAUCCUCCUUGUGGCAACAUAGAAGUGGCAGAAUGCUCACAGAGUAUCUGUUCUUGUUCACUAUCUUGGAGAUGCUUACAGCAUCCGUAGUAAUUGAGUGGACCUAUAGAGCAAGACAAACAGAAGAAUAA